AAAGUCGGGUUUGUCAAUUAAGCCACCGACGGCUUGCCAGUUGACUGGUGUCUGAGACUGAGAGUAAUAUUGUAGCGGACAAGUAGUGGGCUUUUCUUCUUCUGCGAUCCUGUUUGUAAGAGAAAAGUGCCCCCAACCCUUCACGCCGUUCCUGGUACGCUGUGAACGGUGGAAAGUGGGUUGGCUGGUAGAGGUAGGAUACCAGAGAGAGAAGACCCCUCAGGCGAAAGUAGGGAUGGCAAUGGAUCGGGUCGGGGCGGAUAGUGCAUAUCCGUAACCCUACCCAAAGUAGGUCGGGUUUUACCCAUACCCAUACCCAUACCCACAUGUGAAACAGGUAGAAAAUCAAAAUCAUGCCCAUACCCGUUCGGGUUUUGGGUAUCCACGGUUAUCCAUGGGUAAUCAUUUUUCUUCAUAACUUCAACCAAUAUGUUAACAUUCACACGAAUUCUCACAUUACGUAAGAGGAAAAGUACGACAAUAAUUCACUAGAAUGAAAAAAAUUAAUUAAAACAACACAAUUUCAUGAAAAUAUUAUACUUAUAUGCUAAAUAUAAAAUAUGUUAGAGAAAAAUAAUGAUUAUAUCUAGAGAAAAUACAUAUGCAUUUGUAUAAUCGGGCGGGUUCGGGUUGGAUAGUGAGAAAUCCAUACCCACCCAUAACCCACAAUAUUCGGGUUCGAGUUUUACUCGUACCCACUAAAUAUCUUUUGGGUUCGAGUUUUACCCUACCCGAUUAAACCGGAUUCGGGUGGAUAUCCACAGUUACGGAUAUUUUUGCCAUUCCCAGGCGAAAGUAACGAGUGAUUGAUUUCAAGAGAAGAAGUCUGUUUCUUUUCCUUCGAGGUGCCCUAAAUUUUCUCUUUUCUGAUCAUCGUAUGUGGAUAUAUCUAUCUAUUCAGUGCAGACCCGAUUCUCAACUGCAGUAAGAUACGGCGAAAGCUCCCACCUUUUCUGUUUCCACUAGUGUUUGAUUAGCUUCGGCAAUUGGUUUCACCUGUUUCCUUGCCGGAAUCUUUUGCCAGCCGCGGGGAUUGCUUCGGCUCCCACAUUUCGUAAUGCUGUGCUGGUUGUUGUUGAUGUUAGGGUAUGUGGGAUGAAUGGCUCUCAUUUUGGGAAGAGAAGGAAAAAUGUUCCCUUUUCAUGCUAUCAAAAGCUGCUCUCUUGUUUGGAGUGUGGUUUCCAGUGUUCAGAAGGUUGCCUCAGUUUCAAAUCAUGGCCGAGAUAUUGUCGUUCACAAAAGUUUCAGCAAGUUUCACAUGUAUCGGCUUUUGGCUUACCAAUCUUAUUCCAGUACUGCUCCUCAACACGAAAGGCUAUCUUGGGAAGUUUCCCCUCGUGCUGUUCUCUUGAGGAAGCUGGAAAGUGCUCUGAAUGACCACCAACUAGAUGAAGCCUGGGUGAAUUUCAAUGGCUUCAAAAGCCUGUAUGGAUUUCCUCCAGAUGCUCUAAUCAGCAAGUUGGUCACGGAGUUAUCAUACUCUGCCGAUCCUUGUUGGUUGCAAAGAGCAUAUAAUUUGGCUGUCCUCAUUUGCGAAGGGAAGUCGAAAAAGUUGCUGCAGGUUGAUAUCCUUACUAAGCUCUCACUCUCCUUAGCGAGAGCGCAGAUGCCCAUUCCAGCCUCGGGGAUUCUUAGACUGAUGCUGGACAGAAGGAUUCUGCCUCAAAUGAAUGUGUUGUGGUUGGUUCUUUUCCACAUGGUUAAGACUGACCCUGGGACUUAUCUCGCAUCAAAUUUCUUGAUUCAGAUUUGUGAUUGUUUCCUUGAUUCAAAUGCUAAAAAAUAUCAACAGGUGAAACUGGUUAAACCAGACACCAUGACUUUUAACAUUAUUCUUGACGGCUGUGUGAGGUUUAAAUCGUCUCUAAAAGGUCAACAGGUUAUGGAGCUGAUGGCAGAGAUAGGGGUUACUGCUGAUGCACACUCCAUCACUCUCAUUGGCCAGAUCCAUGAAAUGAAUGGCCUGAGGGACGAGAUCAAGAAACUUAAAUAUCAUAUUGAUGGAUUACCAGUUCCUUUUCUUUGUCACUACCAGCAGUUAUGUAAUAGUUUGUUAAACUUGCACUUCAAGUUUGAUGACAUCGAUGCUGCUGCUAAGCUCAUCUUGGAUAUGCACAUUACUCCGGUUUCUGCUACUCUUCAUGAGAAAUGUAGAAGGGAAUUGCAAAAGCCCCAUCUUGUUUCCAUAGGUUCUGACAGUAUUAGGUCUGGCUUGAAGAUGCAGAUCCUGCCUGAACUAUUGGUGAAGGAUUCUAUCCUACAGUCACAAACUGAACUAGACCUUGUUGAUUUUAAGAAUGGUAAAAUUCUUCUCAAGAAAAGAGCCAUGGCGAAGCUUGUUGGUGGUUGUCGGAAGCAUGGUAGGAUCAGUGAGCUGUCUGAGGUUUUACAUAGCAUUCAAGAAGACUGUCAUAAACAAGAAGGAUCGAGUUUAUGUUCCGAAGUCAUUGAAGCUUGUGUUCAUGUAGGCUGGCUGGAAACUGCACAUGACAUCUUGGAUGACAUGGAAAAACUUGGUGGUCGGUCAAUGAGCUUGACUACAUAUAUUACACUUUUAAAAGCAUAUUAUGGGAAGCAGAUGUUGAAACAGGGAAAUGCGUUGCUAAGGCGAAUGCAGAAGUUGGGCUGGCUUGUAGAUGCUUCUAAUGAAGUGGUAGCAUUCUCUUGUGCAUCUGAAAAAUCUGAUUUGGCACAUAUAUCUUCUAAAUGUAGAUCAGGCCUGGCUGAGUGUUUGCUUCAAGAAGCAGGUGAAGAAAAGGGUAUGUCUCCUACAGUGUAUGAGUUGAAUUCUACUAUAUACUUCUUUUGCAAAGCUAAAAUGAUGGAAGAUGCUCUGAAGACAUACAGAAAAAUGGGGCACAUGCAAAUUCGACCCACAGUACAAACUUUUGCGCAUCUUGUACAUGGGUAUUCUUCUCUAGGAAUGUACCGGGACAUUACCAUUUUGUGGGGGGACAUCAAGCGGAACGUGGAAAAGAGUAACUUAGCUUUGUGUAGGGACAUGUAUGAGUGUUUGCUUCUGAACUUUCUUCGAGGUGGGUAUUUUGAGAGAGUGAUGGAGAUUGUCGAUUGUAUGAGAAAACAGAACAUGUAUGCUGAUAGAUGGAUGUAUAGAUGUGAGUUCUUGAAGCUUCAUAAGAAUCUUUACAAGAGUUUGAAAGCCUCUGAGGCGAGAAAUGACACACAAAAGAAGAGGCUCCAGCAUGUCGCUGCUUUUAGGAAAUGGGCUGGAGUUGUAUGAUGUUUCUAAAUAUGCAUGGCUUGAAAAAUAUUCACCUCCUAAUUGGAGUGGUUCGGUCAAGGGCCCUAGACCUCAUUGCAUCCUAGUGAAUCUUACAAGGCAAUUCAAGGUUUGUCUUCAAUCUACACAGAUAAUUUUCAGAUUUCCCUUUCAUGUUUACUUCAGAUGUUCUUUAGUUAUUGAAGCUGCAACAAUACUAACUCAGGCAAUCCAAGAUGCUACCCUGCCUAACCAACAUUUUGGCUGCGAGGUUAGAAAAGGGCAAUUAGCUCCUUCAACCGUGUCAAGAAGACUGUCAUGGAUUAAACUUUAAAGAACAUGAGUUCAUGCAGAAUUCAGGGUUCAAUGAUUAGGAGCAUGAGAUGUGGAUAUUCAGCAGGGAAUAGAAGUAAAGAAUUUGGUGUUCCGGUUUUGGAUGUUUAAUUGGUGUACUUCAUUAUUUUCAGGAGCAAUGGUACAUAGUCAUGUCAGAUGUUGGCAAGAAACUCAGAGGAGAUCAAGUACUUAAAUCACGGGGAUUAUUGAAAAAUAUAGUCGUGAAUGCAAUGAGCAACCCUAAGGGGUUGGGGGUGGGGAAAAGUCCAACUUACCUGAGUUUCAAACUUUCUGGGGCCAUGAUCUAUCUUACACAUUAGUGAGUAAUUUCUACUAGCAACUCUACAAUGAAGCCGCUGCCCAUUCCAAGAUUUUGCUGAAGAACCAAAGUGAGUGAAAGGACGAGAGGGUAGUUCUGGACACAGUAGAUGUGGGGAAGGUACAACUCUUUUUAUUUUUAUUUUUUUUUUCUCUCUUCAAAUACAAUGGUUCGGAUGGAAUGUGUAGUGAGAUAUACUUGCUGGAAAAUUUCACUUGAUGCAGCAGUUUUGAAUUUGUACAGUUGUUUGAUCACAGCAUGUUGAGGUAGAAACAUGUUCUGUAAUUGCAGGCCAGUUUUUUCGCAUCAGUGUGAAUCAGCUUAGCGUAGAAGCAUGGCUUUGAUCUACAGCUGGAGAAGCUGUUGUUUUCCGCGGUGCAGUGUCUGCUGAAGCCUUCAGGGAUCCGUUCCGUUCCAACUUCUUAACAGGAGUUCAUCGUUCCAGUCAACUUGCUACUUACGCUGUGACGCUACUCACAGGUUGUACUGGCUAGCAUCAACUUGCGCUUGAAAUGUGUGUUCCAAAUCUGUGAACCCACAGCACUGGCUAGGGUUGAUGUUCCAAAUUGAUCUCUGUUUGCAUAACCUAACACUUCUCCUACAUCAAAAGUGCAGUUCAGCAGCGUCAGAUAUUCUUGUUGAUCAACCAACUCUCUCUUGUAUAGUUAGUAACUUAUUUCACCUUGUCGACACUAAACAACAGUACUCAACACUAAAACAUGAAAAUACAACCAUGUGUUAUGGCUCACAUUGUGCCAGUUCUCCUUCAGGAGGGAUACCAAGAAAUAACACCAGUACUGUUUUCUUUGUAAUGCUAACAGUAGUAAUGAUAAACUGUUCAUAACUUAAUAUGAUGCCAUUUUUGGAUCCUUAACAAUUUUAGAGGAGCAAGUGAAGAGGGGCGAUCGAAUGGGUAAGGAAGAGAAGGUUGCUCCCAUUUCAAUCAACCUCGAGUCCUCGACCACUGAAUCAGAUGAGUGAAGAAAGGCCUGUCAGGUUGUUAUAUUUCGGACAAAUAAUUUAUUAAAAGUAAAGUGACAUCAGCUCGGUUCUAUGGUGUAGUGGUUAGCACUCUGGACUUUGAAUCCAGCGACCUGGGUUCGACUCCCGGUAGGACCUUUUUUUUCGUCAUCCUCUGCUCGAGCUCUCUUUCCAGUUUAGGUAGAAGGAAGAUUGAAAGCCACAGCUUUUCUUGUUUGUACUUUGUAGCUGAUCCAAUGAAUGCUUAACCGACUGUUUUUUUGGACAAUAAUGCUUAACUGACUUACUGUCCACUUUUUGACGGGAAAAGCUACUGUCACUCUGUCAGUAUUCUUCUCCGUAGCUAGCUAACUAGCGCCCGCCCUAGAGUUUACAUCUGAUCCAUUGCUUGGUGCCGACCAACGGCCAACUGUGUCUGUGUAUCACUGAAAUCAGCAAGUUGCCAGACAUCAACGAAUUCAACUGAGAACACGAAAGUGCACGUAAAAGGCAAUUAAAACGAGGUCUCAAUCAGCAUGUCUGGUACGUAAUACUGGUUAGCUAGCUAGCCAGGGACCAAACAGGUAGAAAUAGAAUAGAAGGUCCGGCCGGCGAACAGAACCAAACACAGGAAUGUGAAACACGUGUGCGUUUAUCCAUGGAGCAGCUAGCUAGCUAGCUUAUCCUUUCUUUCAUUUGACGAAGAUGGUUCAGUUAGUUGUUUCGUAAUCCAACGAGAAGUCACUCUCAGGGGGGACAACAGUAAUGUAAUAAUCAACCUCAUCAACUGCGUCUGUCUCUGUGUCAUUACUCUUGACAAAGUCCAUUUCUUUGAAAAAGGCUGACAACCGACAGGCAAACUACUGCUGCAAAUUAAACUAGCUCUCUGCUUAACUAGAGGCACGUGUCCCAGAAUUUUAUGAUCAAAGAUCCUCCUCUGACUUUGUUUGCUUUCUCGCUCGGUUGAAUCGUCCAUGUUAUGUAAUACAUGUUCAGGUCAAGAGAGGAAAACAAGUUAAAACAGAACUUGCCUGUUGUCUGGUCUACUCUAUCUAUCUCUUUUCCUUGCAAUGGUAAACAUAUAUACAUUCAUCUUCAUGGAGUGGAAGGCCAACACCGACACACGUUUGAAAAGUGAUAGAUUAGGUUUGAAAUAGCAAUGUCAACAAAACAAUCUCUCUCAAUGCAUGCACCUGUUACCUGAUGUGUCAAAAACUAGCUCUAACCGCGUCGAUAAUACGAGCUGGAGUCGGGUCAUCACCAAACAACUCAAAUUGACGGAAGACGUAAAUCUCUUGUGAAUUGUGAACUUGUCGUGCACGUACAUUGUUCACCUUCUCGAUCAAACAAAUUAGUUUGUUGGUAGCUAGCUAGUAUUAGACUUGGUUACAACAUUCAUGUCGAUCGAUCUCAAAUUAAGUUGAGUUUUAGCCGCGAGUUGGGAACACUAUAGUUUUUAAUGUCAAAAGUGGAUGUGUUGUAUUAAAUUUCAGUUACAUACUUUCUGAAGAACAAAUGAGUAUACCCGUAUGCCGUAUCAUCUUACUCAACAUUUUGAGUUUUAAAAAAAUAAAUACGAAAAAUGUUUUAACUGAACAUUACCAUCUCAUAUUGGAAACCAACUUCAUGGGAUGAGAUGAAGCUUUACCCAUAAAAAGUACAGCUCAUCGUGGUGUCUUCAAUUGUCACCAACUAUUUUUUCAAUGCAUUUCUUCCUCUUAUCUUCUCGUCAAGCGCCCAUUUUCGUGGCCGUUUUUAACUUGAGAGGAUAAAGGAAAGAGAGGGGGACACUUGUGCUUUGUUUAUAUGGUUCCCCAAAGUCAGACUUUGGGGGUGAGGUUUAAUUUGAGUUAAUAGCUAGCAAUUAAAGACUGAAGAAUCAAAGAUAAGAAUAGAAUUUGUGGGUCAAUGUUGGAAGUUGACUGCAAAUUAGCUUUCUGUAACAAUGGACACGAGUAGCCAACAACGACUUAGUUUAGAAGUACUAUUGUUGUUCUUGAAUUUGGAUGUUUUAGAUUUAAAUUCUUUCUGUAACACCUAAUAAUAAAAAGGAAUGAUAUAUCACAGAUAAAAACACUGAAUUUCUACCGUUUUGAACUAUUUAGAAUGUCGAGAUCUAGACUUCAAUUUUCCAAACGAUCCAUUGCUGUAAUUAAUAUGAUAUACUUUGUGAUCUAGUUAUAAAUAAAAAAUAUAUAUUAAUUGUGAUAUUAUUAGGGUUUGACUUAUAAUAUUUUCGACCAAACCUAAUGGAAUUAUGUUAAUUCAAUUUUCCCUUGUUGGUUUGACAUCUGGAAAUAACAAUCAAUAACGAUAUUAAUUAAUUAACUAAUUGGCAACUAACUAGGUACAUACAACCUCAAUCUAAAAAUGGAUGGAUAAAGUAGUUAAUUACUCGAUCUACAGGCUAAACAAUAUUCUAUUCGGUCGGCACUCACAAUGUAAAUUAAAUUGAGCGGCGCCAAAUUCACAAGAUUAUAAAUUUGAGAGGUGUAAAGUAGAAGGUUGUGUGCCAACAGCAAGGUAUGAGAUUUCACUUCCAGUUAUGGAAUACAUCAAUUUACCGAUAGAGCGAAAAAGUUAUAUAUUUUAUAUAUAUAUAUAUAUAUAUAUAUAUAUAUAUAUAUAUAUAUGUUAGGUUCGAAUUAUAUAUACUCUUUAUUGAUUAUGUUCUUCUUUAACUACAGUCUAGUUAUAUCUACGUACACGAUCGUUGGAAGCAAGAUGAAAUGAAAAUGGCAGGUUGAUUAUAGGGAGUUCAUUGUUGAACCGCAAUCUCUCUACUAAUUUGAAUCAAUAAAAGAGUCUAGCGUUAGACGAUACGAAGCACGCAAUCAGCAUUUUCCAUCCCAAUUCACAAGUAGUUUUGGUCACAUAGCAUGUGUGAGGUGGGGCAAAGCUGUACGUGCACUAUACUAUUGCUUCACGCGAUUUUAAUUUUGUGUUCAAUUGAAUUUAUUGCUUCUUCAUUUCGUGUUACAUACAUGUGCAUAGGGUUUGACUUGUAUUCGUAUAUAAAAAAAAAAGUAUCUGUAUGAUGGAAUUUUGCAAAUGGGCUGACCUUGAAGUCGUACAUAGUUUAUUAUACCUAUGGUUAGAUUUUGAUGAUGGCCAGAUUGAUUGAUUCAAAAUCAAAACUUGAACUAGUAUUAGGGUUGACAAUCAUUAUUCUAUAUAAAAUUAGUUCGAGUAAUCUUGUUUUAUUAGAUGAUUAAUUAUUAUUAUCUUAAGUCUUGGUAUAUAUAAAUGAUUGUCAGCUGGGUGGGAAUAGGUGUAGGUGGCGCCCUUUGGGAGGUUGUAUUAGUUGUUCAUCAGGUGUGAUAGUUAAUUAGACUGGAAUAAAUAUGAUGCAAGAGGGGAAAAAAAAGGUAAACUAUGAAUCAGAAAUAUAAUACUAUCGAAUAAUGUAUAUACCUCAAAACACUGUAUAUGCAAAUGAUUCAUCAAAACGAACUCUUCAGAACUAUUUUACAAGUUUAAUUUGGAUCUUAUGUAGUACUCGUUGAAAUGAGUGCAUACCAUGCAACUUAUUCUAAAUGUACAAUUUUAAUAACUGAAGUAAAAAAAUAUAUAAUCAUUGCAUUUGUCAAGUACAACAAUACUAAUAGUUAUGCCUUGCAUUUUUACUCAUAAAUUUAAUCGUAAAACGGUAAUUGAAUCAGAAAAUAGUAAAUAUUUGAUUUUUUUCAUAGACAACAUUAUAGAGACUUAAUGAGUUGGGAUCAAACAUCUAGUAUAAACUCUCUGUUACGGGUAAGUAGAUGAGAGAUGGAUCAGGAAGGUCUAUGAUAUGAUAACGAAUAAAAGAUUCAUGGUCCUCAUGGAUCAUGUAGUCCAAUGCAAAAUUACCUUCGUGAUAUGUAUUGUUCAGUGAAAAGUAAGGCAAUUGUCAAAUGACAAAGAUGAAGAUGAUUGCCAGAUGAAGUGAAAAAACGUAAUAUCUUCAUAAAAUUAGCAUAAUUCGUUGUUUCACCCUCGAAUUUACUGCUUUCAACACUAAAAUUUUGAUCGUCUCCCAAUUACUUAUAAGGGAAAACGAGAUCGAAACAAAUAAGAAAAAGGUAAACUAUUGAACAAUGAAAUGUUAAAAACAAUUUUACAGUUUGACCUUACGGCAAACUGUAGUUCCUUCUCGUGGUGGUAGAUGUUCCUAAUUACAAAAAUAUCGGCUCCCCACAUUUUGGAUGACCGGCUCAAGCCCACAAACUUGGAAAAAAAAAGAAGAAACCAAAUCGCCAGAGACACAUAUCAAUCAUCUUGCUGUCUCCUUUGUCCUUUUUCUUUCUUAACAACAUGCAAACUACCCAAAAGGAAACAAAAUUGAUAUUUGAAGAUGCCUUCCUUCAGUGAAUUCCACUCCUUCCUCUUGUUUGUCCUUUGCCAGAUCUCUCUUCUUGCUCUGCUGUAGUCUUAGUAGUAAGGAAAGUGAAUCAAGACUCCUUUUCAUGCUGUACAAUUGGGGUCUUCCCUUUCCUUUGAAGCAAAACUUUCCUUCUUCUUUCUCUCUUCCACAGUAGCUGUAUUCAUAUAUCCUUGUUUGGCAGGCAGCCAGCCUGACCAUGGUGGUGGCCUGAGGCUCUCUGCAGCUUUGCCACUUGUCCUCCUUCCUUCAUUCUGUCCCUUUCUUCCCCAAUCAAUGAAUCAAAAUGCAAUAUAUGUGGGUGCUUGUUUUGGGCAAUUCCCAUUAAUAGAAAGGAAAGGACACUCUGGGUAGUGGUUGACAGGAUAUCAUAAAUGAAAUGGGAUUGAUGAUUAUGGCUUGCUGUUGCUGGUGUGCUGUUACUGUGUAACUAGUGCCUGUUAAUUCAUUAUUUCUUGAGGGAAAGUUUGAUGGGCAGACCGUUCUGGGGAAGAGCAAAAGGACCAUACUGAAUUCCAUUGUUGUCACCCACGAUAGACCACCUGCCAGCAACACAAGAAAACAAGUCUCAGCCUUCCUCUCUUUCUUACCCAACUUGCUAUUUUUGGAUAGGCAAGCAAAAAGAAAAAGGAAGCAACAGAAGAAAAGAAGAGGCAGCAGGGCUCCUUUUCUUUUUCUUUUCUUUUCUUUAUGGGUUUUUUGGUUUCAAAAAAAAAACCGACCUGUACUUGGUGGUCAGGUGGUGAAGCAGCACUAAUAUCUCCACCUUA